CGCCUUUUCCCCGCCGCCGCCGCCGCCGCUCCCGGCCGGUGCAGCCCUGCGGAGCUCGGGGCGGCGGCGCCCCGCCGCCGGCCAUGGCCGUGCCAGCCGCGCUGCUCAGCCCGCACCACCUCCUCUCCUUCUGCUUCCCCGCCGCCGGCGGCCUCCUGGGCUAUGCCGACCUGGAGAAGGGCUAUGAGGGCGGCGGCGGGGGCGACGCGGGGGACUUUAAAGAAGCCACCAGGGACCUGCUGAGCUUCAUCGACUCGGCCUCCAGCAACAUCAAGCUGGCGCUGGACAAGCCGGUGAAGUCCAAGCGGAAGGUGAACCAUCGGAAGUACCUGCAGAAGCAGAUCAAGCGCUGCACCGGCAUCAUCACCGCCGCCCCGCCGCCCGCUCCUCCACCGCCCGCCGCCUCCUCCCCGCCCGCCGCCUGCCCCGCCAAGCCCCCGCCGCGCCGAGAGGCCUCGCAGGCAGCCAGCAGCCUCCAGAGCAAGAGCCUGGCCGCCCUCUUCGGCUCCCUGCAGCAGGGCCGGGGGCCGGCGAGCGGCGGCGAGGCGGCGGGAGGCGGCGGCGGGGCGGGCGGCGGCGGGGCGGCGGGCGGCCCGCGGAAGGUGCCGCUGCGGGACCGCAACCUGCCGCCCUCCUUCUUCACGGAGCCGGCGCUGCCCGCUGCCGCCCGGGGGCCGCCGCCGGGAGCCAAGGAGCUGGAGAAGGGCGGCGGAGCGGAGGCGGCCGAGUUCUUCGAGCUGCUGGGUCCCGAGUACGGCGCGCUGCUGCCCGAGCACGCCGCCCCGCCGGACGCCUUCCCCGCCCGCCUGCCCGCCGAGCUGGGCCUGGAGCACGGUCUCUACGAGGUGCCUCUGCCCGCCGCCCACCACCCGCUGCUGGGCGGGCUGGUCUACCCUGAGCCGCCCUGGAGCCCGGCGGGGCCCUGCAGCCCCCCCAAGAAAGCUCCGGCCGAGGCGCUGCGCCCGCUCUACUCCGGCGGCGGGGAGCCGGCCCCGGGCAGCAGCGAGGAGCCCGGCGGGCACCUGUCGGCGGGGUUCACCGCCUUCUUCCCCGAGUGCCCGCUGCCCCCGCCGCAGGGCCACUACGACUACAGCGCCGGCUUCCACCGCGCUGCCUACCCCGGGCUGUAGGGCAGCGCCCGGGGCUCGGCCCGGCACGGUGGGAUGCGGGGAGCCCACCCGCGGGGACCUGGCGGACGCUCCGGGGACAGCGGGACCUCCUGCCACUCACGCGUGGGGCUGAGGGCUCCGCCGGCCCCGCCGCGUGUGUGUGUGUGCGUGUCCCACCCGAAACCACGGCUCCCGCAGGACUCAGCUUCGUGCUGCGCCAGUCGCCUCCUCAUGCGAUUUGGGAGCCGCUGCAAAUAAAAUGUGAAAUAUUUGGUUCCUUCAGGUGUUUUUCUAGCGGCCGGUGCCUCCCUUCCCUUAGCCUUCCAUAGGGGUCAGGUUUUGUCCUGCUGUAGGCAGCUCGGUGUGCCUGUCCUACGGGACACUGCGACGGGGGCUGCGCUUCUUGAAGGCAGCCGCGACCACUUGUAAAUGAUCUCAGUCUAAAAGUAAAACUCCGUCAACUCUUGUGGUGCACUGGAAGUUUUUCCCAGGCUUGCUUGCAUCGCAAGUGCUGGUGGAUGUUCUGCUGAACACACAAAAGGCGAGGAAAAAAAGAAAUUCAACUGAAGCAAAGUUAAAAAUGCUGCUACCAAAACUUAGUGUUCUGAAAUUUAACAAUGUCUUGCAGGAUCUUGCAAACAGCAAUUUACAGCGAUACGUAAGUUAAUUGACGGCAUAAGUUCAGGACAACAAUGUGCUGUAGCCACUGCGGCGAUGUGAUUCCUGCAGACGGUUGGAUUUCUUCCAGGAAUGUGUCAAAGCUCGGAAGGCAAUGCGGCUCGGUCUCAUUGUGUACAGGAGAUUAUUUGAUAAUCAUUUAAGUUAUGUAAAAGAGUGUAUGAUAGGUCCUACAAAAAUAAAGCUACACAAUAGAUCUAA